GGAGGCAGUAGCAGCAACGGCAGCCGGAGCGGCGGCGCUGAGGAGACUAAGGCGGCCGCGUCGGCAGCCGCUCGCGCGUCAGGCGGAACCUCGAGCUGCCCAGCAGCCGCAGGCGCCGAGGCAUUUGCCGUUUCCUACGGGGCUCGGCGCUCCCGGCCCUGGCUGGGCAGGGCAGAGUGCCCCUGGGGAGGGGCAGAGCUGUAGAUAUGGCAUAAGAUACUUCUUCAAGAUUGGACAGCUGGUGACCUGCUAUUUCUGGUAGCCUUAAGCUGACUUUAUAGCCAUAGCGAAACCUCACGGAAUUGCAUUGUUGUUUUCUGCUUUGCACCAUUUCUGACGCCUAAGUUCACCCUGCAACCAUGUAUGGAAGUGCUCGAUCAGUAGGGAAAGUGGAGCCAAGCAGCCAGAGUCCUGGGCGAUCACCUCGGCUUCCACGGUCCCCUCGCUUAGGCCAUCGGCGAACAAAUAGUACAGGAGGGAGCUCUGGAAACAGUGUUGGAGGCGGCAGUGGGAAAACGCUUUCAAUGGAGAACAUCCAGUCCUUAAAUGCUGCUUAUGCUACAUCUGGCCCUAUGUACCUCAGUGACCAUGAAAAUGUGGGUUCAGAAACACCUAAGAGCACCAUGACACUUGGCCGCUCUGGGGGACGCCUGCCUUACGGUGUUAGGAUGACUGCUAUGGGCAGUAGCCCCAAUAUAGCCAGCAGUGGGGUUGCUAGUGACACCAUAGCGUUUGGAGAGCAUCACCUCCCUCCUGUUAGUAUGGCAUCCACUGUACCUCACUCUCUUCGUCAGGCCAGAGAUAACACCAUCAUGGAUCUGCAGACACAGCUGAAGGAAGUGUUAAGAGAAAACGAUCUUUUGAGGAAGGAUGUGGAAGUAAAGGAAAGCAAAUUAAGUUCUUCAAUGAAUAGCAUCAAGACCUUCUGGAGCCCAGAGCUGAAGAAAGAGCGGGCCUUGAGAAAAGAUGAAGCUUCCAAAAUCACCAUUUGGAAGGAACAGUACCGAGUUGUGCAGGAAGAAAACCAGCACAUGCAGAUGACGAUCCAGGCUCUCCAGGAUGAGCUUCGGAUCCAGAGGGACUUGAAUCAGCUGUUUCAGCAAGACACCGGCAGUAGGACUGGGGAGCCCUGUGUGGCGGAGCUCACCGAGGAGAACUUCCAGAGGCUGCACGCUGAGCAUGAGCGGCAAGCCAAGGAGCUGUUCCUUCUGCGGAAGACCCUGGAGGAAAUGGAGCUGCGGAUUGAGACUCAGAAGCAAACCCUAAAUGCUCGGGAUGAGUCUAUUAAGAAGCUUCUAGAGAUGUUACAGAGCAAAGGACUUUCUGCCAAAGCUACAGAGGAAGACCACGAGAGGACGAGGCGGCUGGCAGAGGCGGAGAUGCACGUCCACCACCUAGAGAGUCUUUUGGAACAGAAGGAAAAAGAGAAUAGUAUGUUGAGAGAGGAGAUGCACCGGAGAUUCGAGAAUGCUCCUGAUUCUGCCAAGACAAAAGCCUUGCAAACUGUUAUUGAGAUGAAGGAUUCAAAAAUUUCUUCCAUGGAGCGUGGCCUUCGAGACCUGGAAGAAGAAAUUCAGAUGCUGAAAUCAAAUGGGGCUUUGAGUACUGAAGAGCGGGAGGAAGAAAUGAAACAAAUGGAAGUGUAUAGGAGCCACUCUAAAUUUAUGAAAAAUAAGGUAGAGCAACUGAAGGAGGAACUAAGUUCGAAAGAGGCUCAAGGGGAGGAGCUGAAAAAGAGAGCGGCUGGUCUUCAGUCUGAGGUCUUUGCAAUUGGCCAGGUGAAACAGGAGUUGUCUAGAAAGGACACAGAACUACUAGCCCUACAGACAAAGCUAGAAACUCUCACAAACCAGUUCUCAGACAGUAAGCAACAUAUUGAGGUGCUGAAGGAGUCUCUCACUGCUAAGGAACAAAGGGCUGCCAUCUUGCAGACGGAGGUGGAUGCUCUCCGAUUGCGUUUGGAAGAAAAGGAGACUAUGCUAAAUAAAAAAACCAAACAAAUUCAGGAUAUGGCUGAAGAGAAGGGCACACAAGCUGGAGAGAUACACGACCUCAAGGACAUGUUGGAUGUGAAGGAGCGGAAAGUCAAUGUUCUUCAGAAGAAGAUUGAGAAUCUUCAGGAGCAACUGAGAGAUAAAGAAAAGCAGAUGAGCAGCUUGAAAGAACGAGUCAAGUCUCUACAGGCGGAUACCACCAACACAGACACAGCUCUCACGACUCUGGAGGAGGCUCUUGCAGAUAAAGAACGGACAAUUGAGCGCUUAAAGGAGCAGCGGGACAGAGAUGAGCGAGAGAAGCAAGAGGAGAUUGAUACCUACAAGAAAGAUCUCAAAGACUUGAAAGAAAAAGUCAGCAUGUUGCAAGGAGACCUCUCAGAGAAGGAGGCUUCUCUCUUGGAUCUCAAGGAGCAUGCUUCUUCUCUGGCUUCCUCAGGACUGAAAAAGGACUCACGGCUCAAGACCCUAGAAAUUGCUCUGGAGCAGAAGAAGGAAGAAUGCCUGAAGAUGGAAUCACAGUUGAAAAAGGCACAUGAAGCAACAUUGGAAGCCAGAGCCAGUCCAGAGAUGAGUGACCGAAUACAGCAAUUGGAGAGAGAGAUUGCCAGGUACAAAGAUGAAUCCAGCAAGGCCCAAACAGAAGUUGACCGCCUGUUGGAAAUCUUGAAAGAGGUGGAAAAUGAGAAGAAUGACAAAGAUAAGAAGAUAGCUGAGCUGGAAAGGCAAGUGAAGGACCAGAAUAAGAAAGUAGCGAAUCUGAAGCACAAGGAACAGGUGGAGAAGAAGAAGAGUGCGCAGAUGCUGGAGGAGGCCCGGAGACGGGAGGACAGUCUCAGCGACAGCUCUCAGCAACUGCAGGACAGUCUCCGUAAGAAGGAUGACAGGAUUGAAGAGCUGGAGGAAGCAUUGAGAGAAAGUGUACAGAUAACUGCAGAGCGUGAAAUGGUGCUGGCACAAGAGGAAUCAGCCAGGACCAGUGCUGAGAAACAGGUGGAAGAGUUGUUGAUGGCUAUGGAGAAGGUGAAGCAGGAGCUGGAGUCCAUGAAGGCUAAGCUGUCCUCUACCCAGCAGUCCUUGGCUGAGAAGGAGUUGCAUCUAACCAACCUCCGCGCAGAGAGAAGGAAACACCUAGAGGAAGUUCUGGAAAUGAAGCAAGAAGCUCUUCUGGCUGCUAUUAGUGAAAAGGAUGCUAACAUAGCUCUUCUAGAGCUUUCGUCCUCUAAGAAGAAGACCCAAGAAGAAGUGGCUGCCCUGAAACGGGAAAAGGACCGCCUGGUGCAGCAGCUCAAACAACAGACACAAAAUCGAAUGAAACUAAUGGCUGACAACUAUGAGGAUGACCACUUCAAAUCCUCCCGUUCCAAUCAGAUGAACCAUAAACCCUCCCCAGACCAGAUCAUCCAGCCCCUCUUAGAACUUGACCAAAAUAGAAGCAAGUUAAAGUUGUAUAUUGGACACCUGACAGCCCUCUGCCAUGACCGAGACCCCUUAAUCCUCCGUGGACUCACUCCACCAGCUUCUUAUAAUGCAGAUGGUGACCAGGCAGCUUGGGAGAAUGAGCUGCAGAAGAUGACCCAGGAGCAGCUUCAGAGCGAGUUGGAGAAAGUUGAAGGGGACAAUGCAGAGCUGCAGGAGUUCGCCAACACCAUUCUCCAGCAGAUAGCUGACCACUGCCCUGACAUCCUCGAGCAAGUUGUCAACGCCCUGGAAGAGUCCUCCUGACGUGCUCCAAGGACGGUGACCAAGGAGCCGGAAAGGAGAACCUGAGGAAGUGGGUCUGAGCCGUCUCCAUCUCAGACCCUGCCAACUG